AUAAAAGCAAAAAUGCGCAUCUACAGCCUUUUGUCCUUACUUUCGCUAGCCAUAACUGCAUCUUCCAAACUUGUUGUCGACUACAAUGCAGAGCACGACGAUGAUGUGUCGAAAUUGGGGUUCGCCAAUCUAGAACAAGCUCGCAAUGACAAGAUCAAAUCGAACACAAACGACCUUUACAUCAAAGCUGGGGAAGACUGGCGCGGCACAAAAUCAGCCCAUUUCCAUCGAAAGAAAGGUUACAUACGUGCCGAGAUGCAUGCUCUAAAAGAGCAAACAAAAGCCGGAGAAACGUACUAUAUAACGUACAGUUUUGCGCUCGGUGCCAUUCCGGACAGCCUUAUGGUGUUGCAGUGGAAAGAAUACGAGGCCAAUACGCACGGUGGAGCGAACAUCCCGCUCUCGCUUGAAGUCAAGAACAAGAAAAUUUCCCUCGAGUACCAAGCAGACGGGCACAGUAAACGCGUGGCUCAAUGGACGACAGACGUGAAACCCAAUACUGUGUACAAGGUUGGGCUAGAGAUCUUGGCCAGGAGUGAUAACGGCCAUGUCAAGUUGUAUUGGGGCGGCGAGCAGGUUACGUUCAGCACGAGCAAGGAGAAGAUGUUGGUCGGGAACAUGUUUCCCGGUCGGAGCGACCCAAAGAUUGGAAUCUACAGAGGAGAAGAGGUAGAGACGAACAGCUAUGUAUAUCAAUUCCAGAUCGGGACGGAGCGAGAGGAUGUCGAUGGUAGUUAUUUCUGA